AUGGCCGUGUGGGAAACCGAAGACGAAUCCACCGGGCCGGUGGCCCCGCCGACGCCCAUUGACACACCUCACCGACCACUCUCGCGGACGGUUUCGCGCGGCUCGCGAAAAUCAGGGAGGUCUAUUACGCCUACUGGAAAGAAGGGCAAGAGUCGCUCCCCUCCACCCCUCCCUGGGGACAAGAGCGAGAGGGGAUCCAAGAGGUCCUCUAGGGACGUCACCAACGAUGAAAACAUCAGUAUUUUGGAUCCGCGUCGUUUCACGCCAACGCUCCAUGCGAGUUUGGUUUCCGAGAUUCUCUCCCUCAGGCGAGACCAGGAGGAGAAGUUGAAGAUUAUCGAGAGCCUUGAGACGUCAUUACACACCGUGCGGGAGGAAACGGAGACACUGCAGUCUUCGCUGUCAACAACAGGGAAGGAAAGCAGGUCAUUGAAAAGGCAACUCUCCUUGCUGGAAGGGGGGACAUCUUCUGCGCUUGGUGAACUGGCGAGAGAGCGCGAUGAAGCGAUCGAAUCGGCGUCCGAAGCGCGGAAGCGGCUUGAGGCAACACAAAAGAAAUUGCGGAGCCAAGAAGAGGACUCACAGCGUGUGCAUGAGCAGUGGGCGAAGGAGAAGGACGAUUGGGAGGAGGAGAAGCGCAAGCAGGAACGGAGAAUCCAUGUCGCCGAGACGCGGCUAAAGGUCGUUUUGGAGGAGGUUGCCGCGUUCCAGGCUGCGCAGGCAGAAGGUCAGGAUGCGGCCACCAUUGGCGGAGAGAGUGAUGGGGAGGAAAGCGUAAAGGACGAUGCUGCCAGUGUUAGGAGCAUGAGCCUCACGAACAGCAUUCGGUUUUCGGUCGCCAAUAGCAUCCUCAAGGCGAAUGGGAACUCGCUGGCUGACGAGCUGGGAUUCGACGGCGGUUACGACGACGAAAGCGACUACGGCGGUCGGGAUAGUGUCUUAUCGAAGGGCCACAUGCGAAACUUCAGCCGAGACAGCCUUGCCUUCAGAACCCACCAGCGACACCGGAGCAAUGACAGCAUAAGGAGACCUGGCAGCGUGGCUCGUGGGAAGCUGGCCUUCAAUCCCGCUGCGCUCGAGAGGCUCGAAGAUGGGAUUAUUAAGGAGGACGACGAAACGGUGCCGCCUGCUCCUCAAGUCAGCUACGUCGACACUGGAAUUCAGUACUCGCCGCCACCGUCUCCCAAAAUUGUUCCUUCAAAACCGCCGACCCCAGAACUGUCCUCGCUCCUACAAAAAUACGAGAGGCUCAGUAGCCUCGACGGCCCUCCUCGUGGUGAGCACGAAAUCGAGGCGAACCAGCGAAGGAAGAGGGUGAGUGUCGCUCAGCCGCUUGCUAUCAAGACGCUUGGAAUGCACAACUUGAUGGUCAACGGUUCGUCUCAAACAGCCGAGGAGCCAUUGAGCCCCCCGAGGACGCCUAAGACGCCACUGCAGGAGACACCCCCACCGCCGAGACCUAAGACGCCGGCCAUGGUUUCUGCUUCCACGCAGACCGAUGAUGUGCCACCGCCACUUGAUCCCUCGCUCCUUGAACUACCAAUGCCCAUUCCCAGCAUCAGCAUUAUUCCCCCAACUAGUCGCCCGAGUUCACCUCGUGAGCCACGCCUUCCUCAACUCACCAAGGAUUUUGGAUGCCAAGUGUCGAUACAGACCACAAUAUCUACAACGUCGUCGGGGAUGCAGACGGAAGAGAUUCGGGUUGACCAGCGACUGGACAGGCUCCCACCGCACCUCCACCCGUCUGCUAUCACGUCCCGGCCAUCUUCGCCUGCGCUUGGUGUCGUCGAGGUUGCCAUGGAGGGCACCCGGCAUUUCACACCAGUUCCUGGGAACUUGCCACCGCGGAAUCCGCGACGACUAACAUCCAAGCGAAGCUUGACAGAUAUGCCCUCGUCACCCCCUAUUUCCCCUUCCAUCCUGGAAGAAGAAACCCAUGAUCUCUACCCAGGAAAUAACGAUGACGGUCCCCUUUCAAGUCAGAAUGCACCCAUGCGACGGCCGCCGCGGAUUAGCAGCCUGUUUGCCGGUUUUGAUGGAAACAGCUCUGACGAGGUUGACGAAUUCAUGGACGCUGACCUGACCGACUCCGAGUACCGCACUGCGCUUUCUGCGCCGAGGCCUAAGAACGGGUCGAACCGUGGGGGUAAGCGGAACUCGAUAGGAACGGUUACGUCGUCGGAGAACGCGUUCUCGCCGAAGGCUAGCAGUCGUUUCUUUUCUCCUGGGUCUGAGGAUGGCGAAGCGUACGAUUCGGUAGCCUACCCGGCGCAUGACAUGCGGGACACGGGUUUCGGCAGGCGGAGUUCGAGACGCGGAGGACGGCCUUCCGUUUUUGGUACUAAGCCCAGCGUCAUGCGCCGGACUGUUAUGAUCCAGAACGGCAUCGCUUCGCAUCAGAGGGCCAGGAGCCCGAGUCUGACGGACCCCAAGGAGCCCCCAUUCCCGAUCCCAACACGCGCUAGUUCCAGGCAACCUCCCGUGAGCAUCAGUGCCCCGAGCGAUGGACGCACCAGCCCGAGCAGGAGUUCAGACGUCUGGUCGAGGCGAGGCUCGAACCGCAGCCACUACCGCGCCGGUAGCAUCCGCAAGGUGCGCUCGGCGGCGGUCCUCCCCCGAAACCAGAGGUACCGGCGACGUGGAAGCCGCUCGCCGCCGGCCUUUGGCCCCUCCACGGAAGCCCCCGAGAGCCCCAGGCUCCCCCCGUUGCCCAAUAACGAUAUCACGGCGCCGCGCACCAGGGAUGGGUAUAUGACGCCGAGAUAUCGGAGUCACAGGUCCCAACCGUCGACAACAACGGCGAACACGGCGGACACCGCUGCGGCGUCGCAGGCCGCCUCGACCCAGCCGCCCACCGUGGUGGACACGAUCGCCCAAACCAUGGUGGGCGAAUGGAUGUUUAAAUAUGUGCGAAGGCGCAAGUCUUUUGGUGUUGCCGACACCAAGGGCGGCGAUGACAACAGCAAUGACCGUCAUAAGAGAUGGGUCUGGCUCGCGCCUUACGAGCGUUCGAUUCUCUGGAGCAGCAAGCAGCCGGCUUCGGGGAGCGCGCUCUUGGGCAAGGCUGGCCGCAAGCUGGUAAUUCAAUCUGUGUUGGAUGUGAAGGAUGACAACCCCCCUCCGAAGGGGACCGCCCAGAUCUUCAAUAGGUCGAUUCUCAUCUUGACACCGCAGCGGGCGCUCAAAUUCACAGCCGCAAACGCCGAACGCCACUACAUCUGGCUGACAUCGCUCUCCUUUUUGGCACACUCUAACCAGGCCAUACCCGAUACCUUGACAGUACCGCAGUCUAAGCCGUUGGUCGAGCAGUAUGAGUUGCCGAAGCCUAAGCGGCGAGCGAUUCGCGAUUCCAUCCGCCUCACCAAGGCCAAGACAGCCGUGAUCAAGUCGGAUCCGGUAACAGCAGACUCUCACUUGGAUAGUGCCCCGCCCAACAUCCCUAGCUUCCGACCCCCUCCGGUGCCGGAAAUCGUCUACAAAAUGCCCACGCAUACGCGGGAUGCGUCGAAGGACACUGCCGAGCCCCCCGCCAUUGCUCGGUUUUCCAACCAAGGCGCCAUCCACGGGCGCAAGCGCAGCAACACUGGCAGCCACAUCCCGCCUCCCCUCUCGUUCCGAGGCUUCUCCGGCCCUGCCGGAAGCGGUGGAUCUCACACGGCGUCGAACAGCACGGCGGGCAACAGCGUCAUGACCGCCGGGUCGUCGGAUCUCUACAGCAACGCCGGCGCCAGCGCCGUCACGGGGUCGAGCGGCAUGACGUGGGCGACACCUUCGGUGCGCACGUCGGAGGCCUCGAGCCGGCCCAGCGGUCCCGUCAUGAAUAACUUUUUCGACGCCAUCGGCACGGUGCGCAUGGAGGCCUUCAUAAGCCCCCUCGCGUUCAACGAGACGCCCUACGAGCAGGACGACUUCCGGCAGGUGACGCGGCGGCGAAGCAAGGAGCUCCGCCGCCGGGCCAGCCGGGGCAGUCGCCAGCGCGACAGCUACCAGAGCCGCACCACCCGCGCCACCGACGACCUGGACGAGUGGUACAUGCGGGAUGACCCCUUCAGGGGGUUCUAG